AUGGUGUUCUCGGUCACUAACACGGUGGCGGGGUUUCUCUUUGGUUUCCUCUUCUACAAAGCGGUCAUCUAUCCAGCAUUUGUCUCCCCACUAUCUAAAAUUCCCAAUGCACAUUGGAGUGCUCCCAUAUCUCCUAUGUGGAUGCUAUGGAGACGAUUCACAAGUCGGAAUAAUCGGACAAUUCAGGCGGCACACGAGGAACUUGGGCCAAUUGUCAGACUAGGACCAUCGGAGAUUUCAAUCAACUGCGUGGACGGAGGAAUCAAGUCAGUUUAUACUGGCGGGUUCGAGAAACAUGACUGGUAUCCACGAGUCUUCGCAUCAUUCGGGUUAGCAGAAAGAUUGCUUACCGUUGAAAAUAGAACAGUGAGCAUGUUUACCAUGGUAGACAGCAAAACGCAUUCGAUUCGGAAAAGGAUGUUGUCCAACAUAUACUCGAAAUCGACUUUGCAAACAUCCCCUCAUCUCCGGGUAGUUUCAAAUGCAGUCAUCUUAGAUCGACUGCUGCCGAUCCUCGAUGAAGCUGCAAGAUCUUGCAAAUCAGUUGACGUGCAUGAUCUGAACCAGGGGCUGACAAUGGAUUUUGUCUCCUCCUAUCUGUUCGGUUUGAAGAAUGGUACCAAUCUCCUGCAGGACGCUUCAGUUCGGAAAAACUGGCUUCAUCUUUAUAUGUGCCGAAAACCGUUCGAGUUUUACGCGCAGGAGGUUCCGUAUUUGGAUGGAUGGCUGCGGCGUAUUGGUCUUCGCGUGAUCCCAAAGUAUUGCGAUGAUGCGAAUAAAAUGCUUGAUUCUUGGGCUCUGGACCUGUGUGAUAGGGCUGAGCAAAUAAUCUCCUCAAAUGACCCAGGGGUCGAGCCUAUUGUUUACAAGCAGCUGAAACAAUCGCUGGACAGGCAUUCUCUAAAGAAUGGACAAGCGGAACCAGAUAUGGCUCAACAACGACUCGAUAUUGCUUGCGAGAUGUAUGAUCAGCUGACUGCAGGCUUUGAAACAAGUGCGCUUGGCCUCACAUAUUUGCUCUGGGAACUCUCCCGACAUCCUGAAGUGCAGAAUAGUCUCCGGGAGGAGCUACUCACUCUUGAUCCUACUGUUUCAUACCCAAACUCAGCAGGCUUGCCACCUGCCAAAUCAAUCGAUAAAUUGCCACUAUUAGAAGCCAUCGUGACAGAGACAUUAAGACUACACGCUCCGAUUCCUGGCAUUCAACCUCGAGUAACGCCAUCUCCCUCUUGCACUCUGGCUGGGUAUGCAGAGAUUCCACCCAAUACCAGAGUGAAUGCACAAGCCUACUCUCUACACCGCAACCCGGAGGUAUUCCCAGAGCCAGAAACCUGGCAGCCAAAGCGUUGGCUGGAGAAUGAAAACUCACCCGCUGAUCUGGAAGAGAGAAGGAGGUGGUUCUGGGCGUUUGGAAGCGGAGGACAAAUGAAACUGGUCGUAGCAGCGAUGUACACCAAUUUCCGCACCACCAUUGUCGACGAUGACAAUAUCGAAGCGAUCGAUGCUUAUACCGUGAAACCGACAGGCGACAAACUGAUCCUUAAGUUUGAGUAUGUUUGA